AAUACUACCUGCAUUAUUACAUUAAUAUUUAUUUAAAUAAAAAAUAAACAUUUAUUUAUUAGUUUAUUAGAACAUAAUUCAAUAAGUGAAAUUUUAACAAGUAUUACUCUUUCUAUAAUAUUCACUUACACAAUCAAUUGCUUUGCUUCUGUAUAAUUAUUGAAACAAGAUUUUUUAGUAGUGGUAUUCCUUAGUGUUUUGAAACUGAUUGUUGUUCUUGUAACUUGCAAUAAGUUGUUGUUUACGAUGGCUCUGGGUUGUUCAAAUUAUUUACAAAGUGCAACAAUGCUGGAGCAGCUUCUAGAAGAAAUCAACUUUCAGCGGACAAAGGAAAUGCGGCAGCUCAUGAAAGAUGAUUCCGGCUUCGUGGUUCUCCAAGGGACGACAUAUUGGACAGAUCUGUUUGUGAGAAACUUCCUCUUUCAAGAGGAGCGCUCGAUAGAUUGCGACGAUCUAUUAUUCUUUGUUCGCAAGAGACACGUCAAAGGAUCAUCGCGAUAUCUGCCUAAAUAUGAGACUGACGUCGAAGUGUUCCGGAAAGACUCAAAAAAGUUACCAAUAGGUGAUCCAGAGAUCGAUUGGGAGGAGACUGUAUACCUGAACCUGAUCGUGCAUCAGUUUGACUACACGCUCACCUUGGCCAUAUGCACCCGGACCAGUCCAAAAGAGCUGCAGGUGCUAAAGCGGCAUUCUCAAAAGGUGUACGCGUCGCCCAGCAAACGGAAGAUGGACACCAAGGGCGAGGGCGAGGAGAUGACGUAUCCCCACAUCUGCUUCAUGGUGGAUAACUUCGACGAGGUGUUCUGCGACAUCGUGGUGAGGGACGGGGAGAUGGUCUGCGUUGAGCUGGUGGCGCGGGGCCGGGGCAGCACCGCUCAGUCCGUCAUCUUCCUCGGCUCCAUCCGCUACGACGCGCUCACCAGGGUCUACGACGCCAGGCAAUCGUCUCUGUCAAGCAAGAUGGCCCAGCGAAUGUCGUUCGGUCUUUUGGGCACGCGGGGCGCGGGGGGUACUCGAUGCGAGUUCGUCCGAAUGAAAGGCCCGGGGGGGAAGGGACACGCUGAGGUGGCUGUGAGCCGUGGUCGAGGAGGCGGCAUGCAGACACCGUGUUCCGAGCCGGGGCUCACCGCAGCUGAGCUCUGGGAUAGCGACUGCGAGGACGAGCCAGACGAGCUGUUUCUGUACCGGCAUCAGCGUCGUCUCAGUGACCCGAGCGCGAAUAUUACAUCGUUCGCACGCGGCGGUUGGCGCAUGCGGGAGAAGGACGCGCAGUCGCAAGAUAAGAGCCGUUCGGAGAAUGAGGGGUUGGACACACUGGGAGACGGACUGGCAGAAGUAGAGGCGGGAGAUCUGCGGGACGAGUUGGACGACGGCGCGUACAACCCGCUGUGGGCCAUGCGGGGCUUCACGCAGACCUUCCACCUGUGGAAGGAGGGCAAGCGGCAACAGUCGGCACCGCUGUCCGCAUUCCUCACCUACGUCACGCUACCCUGGUGGAGUAUUGCUAAAGAUAUCCUGGACCAUCGCGAGGAACCCAUCUUGACCUUCUGAAACCUGACACUAUACUCUGUAACGCGAUAUAUUAUAUAUAUAACAUAAUUUGUUUUUUAAUGUGUAUAAUGUAUAUCGUAAAUGAAGUGGAUAUAAAAUGGACGAUGUAUAUUUAACGUAUCUAUAACACGGACUAGUAAAAUAAUAAGGACUCCGUGUCAGCUUACAUAACAGAGUAGCACCAAAACAAGCCGAUUAACGUGUAAAUACAUAGCCUCACGCACACACUUACACUACUACAGGCCGAUAGGCGGCCAUUAUGAGAAUUGUCAUUGUCUGUGACAGAUCAGUUUGCGUCUCAAUAAAAUAUUUUAAAAAUGACGUCGUGCGUUGUGAAAAAUUGUAAAAACGAUACUAUAUAAGUAUUUGUGGCCAUAUAUGAUUAUUUAAGGGAGAAAAAAUUGUGUAACUAGUAUCCCCCGUAACCGCACACACACUAGCAUAACGGUGCUUCACUUGCUAAUAUCACGGCGCGGAGUCCUCCUUUUUUUACUCGUCCGUGAUCUAUAAUAAGUUUGUUUAGGUAUGAAUGGAAUAUAUCAAUAUGUUUUCGAGAAGAUUGUGUGUGUGUGUGUUUGUAGAUGUUGAGUGCAAAUGAUAUUUAGUAGACAUUACGUUUGACUUUUUAUAUUUAUUUAUUAAACCAUUAUCGACAAUAGACACUACGUAAUAUUGCUAAUAAUUUAUUAUGAUUUAGAGAUCUCAGUAUUGUUACAAUUAUUAUAGACGAUGGACGAGUGAAUUGUAAAACGAAAUUAGUGUUUUUUGUACCACGUGGAAUAUUUAUAACAUACUGAAUUGCAUUAGCUGCUAUUUAUGUGACAUUAUUUCUGACUUUGUUUAUAAGACAUAAAAUUUAUAAUACAUGGUCCUAAGUUUAUUCAAUUUAUACUUCUGCACUUCUUCUUUAUGUAACUCUCUGUGCGCGUAUGUGAUUACAACUAAGGGGUGGUUACAAAGUUUUUAUGAAAAAAUUUAGGGCGAUAUAAUUGUUCACCCACAUUUUGAUUUUCAAAGUUGUUUACAUGAAUUGCUGUGCAAUUUUAACUUUACUAAUCUCUAUAAUUUCAAUAUUGUUUCGAUAAUUAUAAUACAAUGUUUCGGCCUGCCCUUACGUCGGUUUCGUACAUAAAUCAUAAAAAAUUAAGUAUAAUUUUUUAUGAAUUAUUCAUCUUACAUUCUGACUCCUGUUUGACAUCGUUAACGUAACCUAAACAGUUGUAUUUUGUUUGAUCAACGCAAGUGUUACACAUUCAAAAAAAAUACUUUUUAAAGGAUUAAAACGCGUGUAAUUGUGUAGUGGGUUUUACGGUUCGACUCCUGUAAACCGCAGUCCCCUGUACACGUGCUAUGUAAAGUUACGAAUAGUCGUGUUAAAUAAAUAAAUGAAAAACAAAUAUAACUUUUACGUAAAUUCCAUAACUGAAAAGUGCGACGUAACGUGCAAGUGUAAAUGUAUGACACAUGUUUUAACUCAUGUAUAUCUAAGAUAUCACAUGAGAUAUUUGGCAUAGCAUAUUUUUGCUUUUCGGUUGCUGUACCUGUUAUGUAGUUUCAUUUAUAUUAGAAUUUUAUAAGAAAUUGUUUCAUUGAUUUAGAGCACAAUAUGUUUGAAAAGUGAAUCGGGAAUCGACAGAGUUCUUGCUUGCUCAGACGAGCAGGCGUGGGGAUGUCAAAGUGAACUCCAUUGACAUAUCGAGUAUAUUACAUUGACGUACAAUAAACUGCUAGACUCACAAUCACGCUCAAAUAUUGUCUGAAAUAAAACUCUACCUACGCGUCUAUUAGGCAGAGUUUUUGUUCAGCUGUGUUUCGACCGCGCUUUGAAUACAACGCCACGCUAUGAGUGUUCAGUGUAAAUCUGUCAACUACUACUGUGUGGUAUUUCAGGUAAAAGUCUCUUUAAAUUAAUAAAAUUGUGUUACUAAAUAAUCAUAUUGCUAAAUAAUUACAUUUCAAUUGCUAAAACAAAAUGUUCUUGCCUCGUGUCCAUCUCUUUCGCACUAUAAUCAAACUCUUAAGUUAAAUUCUAAUGAGCGUAAACAAUUGACUUUAAACAUUACUGCGACGAAAUAAGGUUCUAAUUUGAAUGAACAUUUUAAUGUUGUCUGUAUAAGUUAAUGUACAUGCGUAUAUAUAACGCCGCUAGGACAUUUUUGACAACCUUUUAAUAGGCGAUUGUGAGUUUAAUUGUUUAAUCAUCGUCAGUGGAAGAAAGACAUUUCAAGACAAAGUGCUCUGGGCCUCCACGGGUACGUGUGUGCGUGCGUGUUUGUUUUGUGUGAAUUUUAGUUAUUAAGGAUCCAAUAUUAUUUGGACAAGAGUAAUUACAGUUCAAUAAUGACUGAUUCAUAUUAAGUAUGGACAUUCCAUUGUUAUUUUUUAAAUCGGUAAAACCCACUAUCUAGUUUUGCAUUUUUGUUCUUCAAGAGAUGGCAUCUAAUAAUGUAAUUAAAGAUGAGAAGCAAAUGGUGUCGUCUGUAUCGAAUUUCGAAUAUCAUCAUUAUACAUCAUGGUGUCAAUAAUAAAUAUAAAGAUAUAAAAUUAAUUUACAUUUCCCUUGAUGUGUCCACACAAUUUCAGCUAACAUGGCGACCAGACCUAGUAAGCUACUUUAAAGGUUAACCUUUGGACGUAAUUCCAGAAAAACGUUCCAAACCACAAUCAUUUCGAAAUUGAGUCAAGAACACAAAACUGGUCACGUGAUUCAUAUUAAUGGACUGACAAAAAAUGACAGCCCUACUGUCACUCUUUAAAUGAUAUCAUGACUAAGUAGCCCUAUAUGACGUAGUCCAUACAUGUGGGUACAUGUAUGGAACUUAAAACACGAAAUGUGGUGUUUGUGGCUUGGAACGUUUUUCAGGAACUACGUCCAACGGCUUCUCUAUAAAUUCACCUUUUCAAUCAAAGGUGAUGUAUUCACCAUAUUAUUAUUAUUAUUAUUAUGAUUGUGAGAAAUACUUAUAUUUUUAUGUCGUGAAUAAUAAUUAUUUAUUAUGUGUAUUGUAACAUUAUAAAUGUACUUGGUUGGUACAGUACAUACUCACCGGUCACGUAGGGAACGUUAUCUUUUCAUAACGUUCACGGUGUUAACGAUAUCUAGUCAUCCAUGAUCUGAAACUUCCUAUUUAUCAUCCUAAUUUAUAUUAAUUUAAUAAAUAAAUACUAUGCC